AUGACUGAAGACAGAAUCCUGGACGUGAGUGUUGAUGAGGAGGUGCAGGUGUGGUCUUCACGCGCACACACACACACUCACUCACUCAUCUGUUUUGUUGCUCUAUAUGUUUCUCUCUUCUUGUGUUCAGAUGCCUGUGAUCUCACACUGGAUCCAAACACAGCAAACACUCGUCUCAUUCUGUCUGAUGAGAACAGGAAGAUCACAUGUGUGAAAGAUCAUCAGCCGUAUCCUGAUUAUCCAGAGAGAUUUGAUGAGUGUCAUCAGGUUCUGUGUGUUGAGAGUCUGACUGGACGCUGUUACUGGGAGGCUGAAUGGAGUGGACGUGUAAAAAUAUCAGUGUCAUAUAAAGGAAUCAGCAGGAAAGGAGGGACUGAUGACUGUUGGUUUGGAUCCAGUGACAAAUCCUGGAGUCUGUACUGCUCUGAUAACAGAUUCACUGUCCGUCACAAUAACAACAGAACUGUUAUACCUGCCAUCCGUUCAUCCUCUAAUAGAGCAGGAGUGUAUGUGGACGUGUCGGCCGGCACUCUGUCCUUCUACAGCGUCUCUGACACACACAUAGUCACACACUUACACACAUUCAACACUACAUUCACUGAACCCCUCUGUGCUGGAUUUAGGGUUUAUCCUGAUUCCUCAUUGUCUCUGUGUGAUUAAACAAUAG